GGCGGCGGCGGCGGCGGGGCCAUGCGGGCGCGGGCGCCCUGAGCGGCGGAGCAGCCUGAGCCCCGGCCCGGGGCAGCCGCCUCGCGCCCAGCAUGGAGAGCGGCAGCCGCCUGUGGGAGGUCACGUCGCUGCUGGCCGCCCUGGCCCUGCUGCAGCGCUCGGGCUGCGCCGCCGCCGCCUCCUCCCCGGCCGCCGCCGCCGCCUCGUCCUCGUCCUCGUCCGCCGCCGCCGCCGCCGCCGCGGCCAAGGAGCUGUCGUGCCAGGAGAUCACGGUGCCGCUGUGCAAGGGCAUCGGCUACAACUACACGUACAUGCCCAACCAGUUCAACCACGACACGCAGGACGAGGCGGGGCUGGAGGUGCACCAGUUCUGGCCGCUGGUGGAGAUCCAGUGCUCCAGCGACCUGCGCUUCUUCCUCUGCAGCAUGUACACGCCCAUCUGCCUGGACGACUACAAGAAGCCGCUGCCGCCCUGCCGCGCCGUGUGCGAGCGCGCCAAGGCGGGCUGCGCGCCGCUCAUGCGGCAGUACGGCUUCGCCUGGCCCGACCGCAUGCGCUGCGACCGCCUGCCGGAGCAGGGCAGCCCGGACACGCUGUGCAUGGACUACAACCGCACCGACCUCGCCACGGCCGCGCCGCCCGCCAAGCCGCCGCGCCCGCCGCCGCCGCCGCCGCCCGCCGCGCCCCCCGCGCCCGCCGCGCCGCCCUGCGAGCCGGGCUGCCAGUGCCGCGCGCCCAUGGUGUCGGUGUCGAGCGAGCGCCACCCGCUCUACAACCGCGUGCAGACGGGCCGCAUCGCCAACUGCGCGCUGCCCUGCCACAACCCCUACUUCAGCCCGGACGAGCGCGCCUUCACCGCCUUCUGGAUCGGGCUCUGGGCCGUGCUCUGCUUCCUCUCCACCUUCGCCACCGUCUCCACCUUCCUGCUCGACAUGGAGCGCUUCAAGUACCCCGAGCGGCCCAUCAUCUUCCUGGCCGCCUGCUACCUCUUCGUGUCGCUCGGCUACCUGGUGCGCCUGGUGGCCGGCCACGAGAAGGUGGCGUGCAGCGGCGGCGCGGCGGCGGGCGGCGCGGGGCCGGCGGCGGGCGGCGCGGGCGGGCCGGCGGGCGGCGGGCGCGGCGCGGCGGGCGGCGCGGAGCCGGAGCUGGGGGUGGCGGAGCACGUGCGCUACGAGAGCACGGGCCCGGCGCUCUGCACCGUGGUCUUCCUGCUCGUCUACUUCUUCGGCAUGGCCAGCUCCAUCUGGUGGGUCAUCCUCUCGCUCACCUGGUUCCUGGCGGCCGGCAUGAAGUGGGGCAACGAGGCCAUCGCGGGCUACGCGCAGUACUUCCACCUGGCCGCCUGGCUGCUGCCCAGCGUCAAGUCCAUCGCCGUGCUGGCGCUCAGCUCCGUGGACGGCGACCCCGUGGCCGGCAUCUGCUACGUGGGCAACCAGAGCCUGGAGAACCUGCGCGGCUUCGUGCUGGCGCCGCUGCUCAUCUACCUGGCGCUGGGCUGCAUGUUCCUGCUGGCCGGCUUCGUCUCGCUCUUCCGCAUCCGCAGCGUGAUCAAGCAGCAGGGCGGCGCCACCAAGACGCACAAGCUGGAGAAGCUCAUGAUCCGCCUGGGGCUCUUCACCGUGCUCUACACCGUGCCGGCCGCCAGCGUCGUGGCCUGCCUCUUCUACGAGCAGCACAACCGGCCGCGCUGGGAGGCGGCGCACAACUGCCCCUGCCUGCGCGACCAGGCGCCCGACCAGGCGCGCCGCCCCGACUACGCCGUCUUCAUGCUCAAGUACUUCAUGUGCCUCGUGGUCGGCAUCACGUCGGGCGUCUGGGUCUGGUCGGGCAAGACGCUCGAGUCCUGGCGCGCGCUCUGCACGCGCUGCUGCUGGGCCAGCAAGGGCGCGCGCGGCGCGGCGGCGGCGGGGGCCGGGGGCGGCGCGCAGGCGGCCGCGGCGGGGGCCGGGGCCGGGGCGGCGGCGGGGGGGCCGCUGGCGGCCGGCGCCGGCUCCCUCUACAGCGAUGUCAGCACCGGCCUCACGUGGAGGUCGGGCACAGCCAGCUCCGCCUCCUACCCCAAGCACAUGCCCCUGUCGCAGGUGUGAGGGGCCGCUCCUGACCCCCCGCCCCGCUCCUGGGACCCUGCCGGAGGACGCUGCGGCCCGGCCAAUGCCUUAACACACACACACACACACACACACACACACACACACACACACACACACACACUCGAGCAAACCGUGUCUUAAUUAUACACCCCCAAUAAAUACGGGUUUCCUACGUGAAAGGAUGUAUUUAUAUAAUUAUUUGUUACCUUGUACAAACGUGUAAGAUAUGUACAUAGCCAAAGCUAUACAGUCUGUAUAUUUCUUUUUCCUCUUUUUUCUUUUUUUUUUUUUUUUUUUGUAAAAGUUUAGAGCUCCCCCUGUAAGAGCAAAUCUGAGUAUCUAUUUUGUCAAUAAAAUGCCUUUUGAUAAGUGA